AAAUCUCCCUUUGUGCAAUUCAAGCCCAUUACUCCUUGUCCGGUCCCAAGUGGAUAUGGAGAACAGUUAAGCACCCUCCUCUAUAUAAAAACCAUUUAUGUAUUUGCAGACUAUUAUCAUGUCCCCCUUUUUCUCUUCUCCAGAAUAUAAAAACCCGAUUUUCCCAGUGUUUCAGGUCAUGUUUUCUGGACCAUUAAUCAUUUUUUAAUUUUCUCUCCUCUGGACUUUAUCCAGUAUGCCCACAUCUUUCCCAAAGUGUGUUUUUGCCCAGAACUGCAUACAAUAUUCCAGCUGAGCUCUUACCAAUCCUGAGUAGAGUGAAAGAAUGACUUCUCAUGUCUUGCUUAUAGCAGUCCUGCUUAUAAAUGCCAUAAUGAAGUUUUAGUUUUUCACAACAGCAUUAAAUUGUUGAGUCUGUUUUAGUUGGUAAUCCAAUACAAUCCCCAGAUCCUUUUCCGCAGUACUCAUCGUUAGGCACUCCUUUCCCAUUUUGUAUUUGUGCAGUUGAUUAUUCCUUUCUAUGUGUAGUACUUUACAUAUAUCCUCAUUGCCUUUCAUGCUAUUUAUUUCAGGACAUUUUUCCAGUUUGUCAGGCUCAUUUUGAAUUCAAAUGUUGUCCUCCAAAGCUCUUGCAGCCCCUUCCAGCUUGGUGUUGUCUGCAAACUUUAUAAGUGUACUCUCUCUGCCAUUUAUAAACACAUUGACUAGAACUGGACCAAGGACAGAUCCCUGGGGGACCCCACUCAAUAUGUCCUUCCACCUUGACUGUGUACUGUUCACUAUUAUGCUCUGAUAAAGGUUUUCCAAUCAGUUGUACAUCCACCUUGUUGUAGGUUCGUCUAGGCUAUAUUUCCCUAAUUUGCAUAUGAGAAGGUCAUAUGAGACCAUAUGACCAAAAGUCAAAAUAUAUCAUAUUUACUGCUCUCCCCAUCCACAAGGCUUGUUACCCUUUCAAAGAAAACUAGGUUGGUUUGACAUGAUUUAUCGUUGACAAAUGUAUGUUGACAGUUGCUUCUCACCUUAUUUUCUUCACGCACAUACAAUUUGUUUGAUUAUUUGCUCCAUCAUCUUUCUGGUUACCAAAAAUUAAGCUGACUGGUCUAUAAUUCCCUAGGCUGUCCUUGUUCCCUUUUUAUAAUUAGUAACUAUAUUUGCCCUUUUCCAGUUCUCUGGGAUAUCUCCCAUCCUUCAUGAGUCCUCAAAGAUAAUCUUCAAUGGCUUAGGAUUCUCUUACAUCCAAGAAUAUUUAAGGAACUCGCUGAUUUUCAUCAGGCCUUCCUUACUUGAAGACACCUUCAAUGAUUAUCUCUAAUGACUCAGAGGUCUCUUCUGUCAGGUCCUUAAUGAGCUUACAUUGCAGCAAAGAGGAUUUAUGUUAGAUAUUAAGAAAAACUGUCUACUUAUAAGGACAGUUAUGCUCUGGAAUAGGCUUCCAAGGAAGCUUGUGAAUUCCCCAUAAUUGAAAAUUUUAAAAAACAGAUUGGACAAAUAAAUGUUUGUGAGGGAUGGUCUAGGUUUACUGGGUCCUGUCAUAGUACAUGGGUCUGGACUAGAUGACUUCUUGAGCUCCCUUCCAGCCUGACAUUUCUAAGGUUCUGUGCUUUCUUCAUGAUGCUUCUUGCUUUUUGGAGGAACUCCCCAUAAGCAUCCCCAGACCUAUCUCGUUAUCAUCAUUCCCAUCCCUCCGUACAACUCCUUUGUUCCAUGAAGCCUUCAAACAUAUGACAAUGGUUAGGCUGCUGUUGAGCUGAGACCACUGUUUAUCAGGGUGUCAAAUUCUGUCUUAUUGUUUCCUUGUGCUCCCCCGUCACUAUUCAGGUCCUGUAUUCAUUGGACCUGUAUUCCCCCUCUGUGGUCCAGCAAGGCUGUCCUCUCAGGCUGCCCAGCUGGCACCUCUAUUGGGUAGAAACCCCCAGCAGUCAGGAGGGAGAGAGAUGUAUAUCCAGGCUACACAGCUCCCUGCCUAUCCUGUGAAUUCCCCAGCAAGGCAGAUCCCCUCAGCAGGCCUGCUUUGCCUUUCUUCCUCAGAGGCUAUGAACAGUGUAACUGCCCUUGCUUGACUUACCACACAGCCUUUUCCCAGCAAACAAUGAUUCUCAAGUUAAAAGAUUACAGAACGAAUAUUUUAAAAAGAAUUAUAGAACCUAUAUGCAUGCUUACCAGAGAUCACCCCAGCUGAGGCAGGUGAACAGACUUCAAACCCCACCAAGAGGUUGGUAUUUUUCUGUGGUCGCAAGCUAAUAAUUCUUAGCUCAGAACAAGCAUGCCCAUGCAUCUAAGAAUCACUCUUUUAUCCAGUUCGGGCCUCUAAACUUUACUCUUGGGUGAAUUCUGCAGACGCGCAGAAUUCGUGUGCUGUGCAGAAUUUUUUUUCUCUGCAGAAAAUGCAUUCUGCCAGAGAUGUGCUGCAGUUGUACCUUUUGCCCACCUGGGUCUGUUGUGGUGCCAGAACAGAGAGCAGCUGCUCUCAGGCACGACCAGCUCCUGCUGCAGAUAAGGAAGAGAAGAGGCUGGUUUCCUUACGCUGCCCUAACCAUGGGACCAGAUUCUCAUAUUUUGGGGCAAAGAGUUUUUUGUUCUGUGUUUGUAGAAUGUCCAGAAGAUCCUGGUCCAUGAUUUGCACUACUAGGGUUUCCAGUUUCCAAACCUGAUGUCACCUCCCAGAAGGAGCAAAGGGAAGAGCCGUUUUCCCCAGAUCGCAGAGGAAAGCGAGAUUCUGAGAGGCUGCUGUACAGGUGAUGGGAUGGUGAAUGAGACCAUGGUGCCCGAUCCUCAGCAGGAAGAUGAUGAGGAAGUGGAACCACAUGGGGUGUUACUGCAAAGAUGCAAAGGGAGUGUGUCCAGGAGUAGUGAGCAGGAAAAAGCUUGUGAGAAUCAGUACAGGCCAGAGAAGCAGCAGGGAAACCAGCCAACACAGAAAGCUGGUCAAUCUGUUAAUUAUCAGGGAAGUCAGAAACACAACAAGAAAACCAUGGCCCAGCAGAUUAUCCUCAUGGGAGAGAGAAAUAACACAUGCAUUGAGUGUGGGAAAAAGUUCAGUAAGCGAGCACACCUUAUUAUCCAUCAGAGAAGCCACACAGGGGAUAAACCCUAUGAAUGCUGUGAGUGUGGGAAAACCUUCGCUCAGAGCUCAAACCUUACUACACAUCAGAGAAUCCACACAGGAGAGAAACCCUAUGAAUGCUGUGAGUGUCGAAAAUCCUUCACUGAUCACUCAACCCUUAUUAGUCAUCAGAGAAUCCACACAGGGGAGAAACCCUAUGAAUGCUGUGACUGUGGGAAAUCCUUCUCUCGGAGCUUACACCUUAUUCAGCAUCAGAGAAUCCACACAGGGGAGAAACCCUAUGAAUGCUGUGAAUGCGGGCAAACCUUCGCUCAGAGCUCACAGCUUAUUAGACAUCAGAGGAUCCACACAGGGGAGAAACCCUAUGAAUGCUGUGAAUGUGGGAAAACCUUCACUGGUAGUUCAAACCUUAUUAGCCAUCAGAGAAUCCACACAGGGGAAAAACCCUAUGAAUGCUGUGAGUGUGGGAAAACCUUCACUGAUAGCUCAACCCUUAUUAGCCACCAGAGAAUCCACACCGGAGAGAAACCCUAUCGAUGCUGUGAAUGUGGGAAAACUUUCUCUUGGAGCUCAGCUCUUAUUCAACAUCAGAGAAUCCACACAGGGGAGAAACCCUAUGAAUGCUGUGAGUGCAGGAAAACCUUUUCUCAGAGCUCAACCCUUAUUCAACAUCAAAGAAUCCACACAGGGGAGAAACCCUAUGCAUGUUGUGAGUGCGGGAAAACCUUUGCUCAGAGCUCAAAACUUAUUAGACAUCAGAGGAUCCACACAAGAGAGUGACCCUAUGAAUUUUAUGAAUAUGGCAAGUUCUUAUAUCCGAACUCAGCCUUUAUUUAUCAUUAGAGAUGCUGCAAGGGAGUUAGAAACCAUACAAACCCUGUCUAGAAAAGAUUGUUUUCCUUUUGCUAAUUCCCACAUAGUGAAAUUUAAGGUGUCAUUUGUGUCCCUGUGAUAUUUCAGUUCCCCUAGAUGAGUUGUCUGCUUUUCCCUUCUGUAGCACAUCCUCCCUUAGGGAGAAUCCCAGAGUCUUUAUGAUCAACUGCUUUGUUCUAUGUCAUGGAAGUGUGUCUCUCAAACAAGAGUGUCCAUCAACUCCAGAGGUUUAAUGUACUUGAGCCUUGAUUCCACUAGGAUUUACCUAGCUUCAAUUAGCGAUCUUGAUGUAAAAACAAGUUUUUUUUCAAUUAAAAAAAAUAAAUUACUGUGGCCACUAUAAAUGGACUAUCAAAUUUUGUGAAGACCUGAGAUAACAUCCAUCAUUUUUCCUAGUGUAAACAAAUUCGGAGCAUCACAUUUAUACUUUUCCUCCCACUGCAAAGCAAUUGUUGGUUACCACAUUCCCUCGCUAUGGACAGAUUGUCUCAUUCCCAGUUGUUUUCACAUUGCACUGGGUUCUGCUGAAUGUUUUUAUACCAUUUUAAAUAUAUAUAAAGAUAACAGAGAGAAGGAGCAGGAUUAGGGAUAGGAAAAAAAAAGUUUUUUCAACCUCUGUGACACCUGAAAAAGAAGUGGUGAGUCGCAGGGAUUACUCCAGCAGUGUUUCUCUCUUUGAUCCAGAAUUUAUGUAGAAUUAGUUUUCCACUUUCUACACCUCCACCUCUCACUGUUGUCUUAUGAUUCAGUGUUAUCAGCCCUCUGCGUGGGAAUAACACUUGGAUUUGAUCCUAAACCAUAGUAAUUUAGGGCCUGAGAUGAAAGUGUCAAAUACCUGGAAGGGGAAUUUGAAUUAAUCUCAACUGAAGUAUAAUAAUUUGGAGUUCAAAUCUCAGUUUCCAACUAUUGGCAAAGCCUCUUCUAGGAUUUUUCCUAUUGAGAUGGGAUUGUUUGGAGAUGGAGAGGCUGGGAUUUUUUCCAGUUAUGAUGAUGCUAGAAGUUUUGUAAAUGAUACCACUCAAUAGUAAUGAGUGAAGCAGGUUUCAAUGAGUCAGAAGAGAAUGUAAUGGGAGAAUAUCUUGUUUUGAUUCUGAGUCAUCACCUUUAACUUGCUCUGGAAUUUCUAGUUCAGUGGUCUCCAACCUUUCUGUGGGAAUAGCACAUUGGCGCCCGCCACAGUCUGUUGAGAAUAGCAAACACCCCGCCUCCGAAAUGCCGCCGAGAAGUGGCAGCGGAAAGAAGCCUCACCGCCGAGAAAUGGCAACGCUUCUCGAAGGCAUUUCAGCGGGCCAUUCUCAGGUGGCUGUGCCCGGCGGCGGCAUUUCAGCAGCAUAGUGUCCUGCGGGUAUUGGGGACCCCGUUCUAGUUAUAUGAAACUGGAUGUAUCUUUUACCUCUCUGCAGUGUGCGUUUUUCCUCUUUUUGAUGAAGGGCCGUUUGGUCCCAUAACCAGAUAUUAGUUAACUUGCCUGACUAUAGCUCAGAUUGAUUGGGGACUUUGAGAAAAUGACAGUUUACUCAAAUAGUCUUUUUUAUUUUAUUUUUGCUUUUCCCUGCCUCCUCCAUGAUGAGAUGGAGAAACUUCAAGUGCAGUUUAAUCAAACAGGAGAGAAUAACUCCAAGCUUACUGUUUUUACAUCUCCCAUCUGAAAUGGUCAACAGCAGCCCACCCCAAAUUGCACAACUAACUGAAAUAAACUGGAUACAAUCAGAGUGUUGUUCAUAGAAUCAUAGAAUCAUAGAAUAUCAGGGUUGGAAGGGACCCCAGAAGGUCAUCUAGUCCAACCCCCUGCUCAAAGCAGGACCAAGUCCCAGUUAAAUCAUCCCAGCCAGGGCUUUGUCAAGCCUGACCUUAAAAACCUCUAAGGAAGGAGAUUCUACCACCUCCCUAGGUAACGCAUUCCAGUGUUUCACCACCCUCUUAGUGAAAAAGUUUUUCCUAAUAUCCAAUCUAAACCUCCCCCAUUGCAACUUGAGACCAUUACUCCUCGUUCUGUCAUCUGCUACCAUUGAGAACAGUCUAGAGCCAUCCUCUUUGGAACCCCCUUUCAGGUAGUUGAAAGCAGCUAUCAAAUCCCCCCUCAUUCUUCUCUUCUGCAGACUAAACAAUCCCAGCUCCCUCAGCCUCUCCUCAUAAGUCAUGUGCUCUAGACCCCUAAUCAUUUUUGUUGCCCUUCGCUGGACUCUUUCCAAUUUAUCCACAUCCUUCUUGUAGUGUGGGGCCCAAAACUGGACACAGUACUCCAGAUGAGGCCUCACCAGUGUCGAAUAGAGGGGAACGAUCACGUCCCUCGAUCUGCUCGCUAUGCCCCUACUUAUACAUCCCAAAAUGCCAUUGGCCUUCUUGGCAACAAGGGCACACUGCUGACUCAUAUCCAGCUUCUCGUCCACUGUCACCCCUAGGUCCUUUUCCGCAGAACUGCUGCCUAGCCAUUCGGUCCCUAGUCUGUAGCGGUGCAUUGGAUUCUUCCAUCCUAAGUGCAGGACCCUGCACUUAUCCUUAUUGAACCUCAUCAGAUUUCUUUUGGCCCAAUCCUCCAAUUUGUCUAGGUCCUUCUGUAUCCUAUCCCUCCCCUCCAGCGUAUCUACCACUCCUCCCAGUUUAGUAUCAUCCGCAAAUUUGCUGAGAGUGCAAUCCACACCAUCCUCCAGAUCAUUUAUGAAGAUAUUGAACAAAACCGGCCCCAGGACCGACCCCUGGGGCACUCCACUUGACACCGGCUGCCAACUAGACAUGGAGCCAUUGAUCACUACCCGUUGAGCCCGACAAUCUAGCCAGCUUUCUACCCACCUUAUAGUGCAUUCAUCCAGCCCAUACUUCUUUAACUUGCUGACAAGAAUGCUGUGGGAGACCGUGUCAAAAGCUUUGCUAAAGUCAAGAAACAAUACAUCCACUGCUUUCCCUUCAUCCACAGAACCAGUAAUCUCAUCAUAAAAGGCGAUUAGAUUAGUCAGGCAUGACCUUCCCUUGGUGAAUCCAUGCUGACUGUUCCUGAUCACUUUCCUCUCCUCUAAGUGCUUCAGGAUUGAUUCUUUGAGGACCUGCUCCAUGAUUUUUCCAGGGACUGAGGUGAGGCUGACUGGCCUGUAGUUCCCAGGAUCCUCCUUCUUCCCUUUUUUAAAGAUGGGCACUACAUUAGCCUUUUUCCAGUCAUCCGGGACUUCCCCCGUUCGCCACGAGUUUUCAAAGAUAAUGGCCAAGGGCUCUGCAAUCACAGCCGCCAAUUCCUUCAGCACUCUCGGAUGCAAUUCGUCCGGCCCCAUGGACUUGUGCACGUCCAGCUUUUCUAAAUAGUCCCUAACCACCUCUAUCUCUACAGAGGGCUGGCCAUCUCUUCCCCAUUUUGUGAUGCCCAGCACAGCAGUCUGGGAGCUGACCUUGUUAGUGAAAACAGAGGCAAAAAAAGCAUUGAGUACAUUAGCUUUUUCCACAUCCUCUGUCACUAGGUUCAGUUGUUUAGGUCAAUAUUUUAUCACAUGAUCCGGGGAGAGAAUUCCACAGUAAGUGACUAGGAACUAAGCAAAAGGUGCACGUUUGUUUCCCAAGGCAAUUGUGACCCAGACUCUUGUGACAGACGAUAUCCUAGUGUUCACACCGUACACACACUUGCAAUAAUUUUAGUGCAAGGCAUUGAGAGAUUAUACUCCAUAUCCUUUAUGAAAAUAUGCUUAUGAUAUGGAUAUGACAUAACAGAAAUACUUUCUGCAAGAUGGCUCAUGUAAGAUAUCAUUGGACAGGUUAUGAUUUACUGAAUGUGAUUAUCCAAUGUAUUUGCAUGUAUCAUUUCUUUAUCUAAAGUUGGAAUAUCAACUAUGUAACAAUUACAACUCAGAGUGUAUUGGGAAGAUACCCACCAGAUGAUAGGCCAUCAGAUUUGAUGGGCCAUUAGAAAGAUACAACAAGACUGGAAAGAUACUAAUCUCUCUCCUUCCUGGGAUCUAGCAGUGUCACAGCUACAUCAGGUGGUCUUGUCUCCUGAUACUAAACAUUAUCUUGGACUUCUUGUAACUUUCCACUACAAGGAGAAGGAGUGUCAAGUUUGGGAAACAAAAGAUUCCUAGCUUAUGUAAAUCUUAGGGAAGGGUGGGGAGGAGGGCAAUCAAGACUUUCCUCCAUUGCCUUCCCAAGAAGAAGGACUGCUGAAAGUACCUGGAGGAACAGAGGAACUAACCUGAAGGUAAAGGCAGGGGAGAGUCCAGACCGAGGCAGGGUUCUGGUCUGCAAGAAGAAAUAGCUGGGACUUUGAGCUACAGAAACUCUUCAUCCUGCCUAAUUCAACAUUUAGGGUAAGAAACUACAUUCGGUAUCCUGUAUCUUUAGUGAAUCAAGCUUAGUUUGCGUGUUUUGUUUUAUUUGCUUAGUAAUCUGCUUUGAUCUGUUUAUCUUAUACUCACAAUUUUUCUGUAGUUAAUAAAGUGACUAAGUGAUAGCAAACAGGUAAUCUGCUAUGAUCUAACAAAUAAACAAGAAACUGCAAACAGCCUACUAUACUAGGUAAAUAGGAUUUGAAUUAGCAAUUUCUCACCCUGACUGAUAAUACAAGCAGUCCACCAAGUUUCCAUACACAGGUUUGAAAUCCCUUUAGCCUGGGACCAGCACUUCCCCCAGUUCAGUCUUUGUACCUCAGAUAUUUCCAGGAGUUCUCUUGGGUGGGGAGUGAGGCCCAGAGAUGAUGUCACUCCUCAUUUUAUGUAGUUUUUCCAUGUGAUGGGAACCCUUUGUUUCAAGCUAAGUUCACAGCCCAGUUUGUGGAAAGAUCUAGGUACCAAACUGGAGCUCAGUGUCAUGUGGUCUGGUCACGUGCCCUUGCCUUCCUUGCUGAGUCAUAGCAGCCAUUACUCAUAGAUUGUCUGGUGCGUUCUCAAGAAGGCUGAGCUCUUCAAUGCUCCAUUGUCUUUGUUGAUGAGCCAUCACCACAUGAGCAAUGUCUAGCUUCUACAUUGUUGUACCUGAAAGGCUAGUUCUGGAUGUUACCCAGAGUAAGCACAUUUGAAAUACAGAUACCUAGUCAGUAUUCAUACCUCCAGAUACAAAAAUGAUACAUGCAUACAAAUAAGAUAAUCAUAUUUAGCAAAUCAUAACUUUUCCAUAGACACCUUACAUGACAUAUUUGUACAAGAUGCAUUAUAGCUAUGUCUUAAUCAUAUCAUAAUGAUACCAGUAUGAUGAAUAUGGGGUGCAGUGUCACAGUGGUGAAACCUUGCAAAAGACAGGCUGUGAGCAGAAGUCAAGCUCUGCCUGCAUGCAGGCUCACAGAAUCUGUCAAGAACAGGGCUCAUAUUGCAAAAACAUACACAUUCCUGAGAAGUGUUAGGCUCAGGACAUUCACAGAAACACAUUCCAGAAGGAUGGUAUCAGAACCCCCUGACUUCUCUUAAAGAUAUGGUCAGGAUGACAGUGUGAUGGAUAGAGAUGUUUUGAUCGUACCAACAUGUACAAGGUAAAGGGUGGUUACUGACCAUAUCAGAGGGGCAAUAUGAAAUUUGUUUGUAUCAGUGUACAAAAUAGAGUCUUGGAGGAAGUGUCUUUGGCUAGCCUAGGGGAAGUGGAAAGUCCCACCACUGACUGAGCUGGUCCAUUGUGACAAGCGUACAUGUGGUAGUGGUCCUGUAGAGUCUACAGGAUACUAGGACUGUGCUUCAUUAAUAAAGUUGGCUGGGUGCCUUUGCUACUAAACAGGUCUGUGGUGAUGGGGCAGUUCGAUCAGAACCUGAUGUAUGGGCUAUCUGGCCAGAGCCAGUGCAACACAGAGAGAACACACACAUGCAGACAUCUGACAACUGCAGUGUUAUAUGUGAAGUAGUACACACAAGCUGCUAUUAUGACUAAUAGUAUGUUAUCCAUAUAAAGCUGGGGAGUGGCCAAAACCAAUUCCUCAGAGGCAAAGAGCAGCUGAUGCCUCACCCAGGUGUAAACAAGGGUGAUGGACCAUUGCUUGCGAACUGACCAUUCUUUGCCAGGAAAAAGGGCGGGGCAAAAAAAUUCUACAUUUUAGCAAAGAAACAUGGAGUUCCUGUUCACACAGACUACCUGUAGUCUUGCUCCCAGCUGGGAAUGCUUCUCAAAGUGGGAACAGGACUAUAAAACAAAGGGGCAGACCCUCCCCAACACCCCGUUUCUCUCCCUGCUCAUUGCAUUCUCUGCACCUGUGAAGACAAAAUGACACAGCCCUUAAGCUUUGAUGGAGGUGUACUACUUCUCAGCACGUGCUUCAGGAGUAAGACUACUGAAGCACGUGCUGAGAAAAAUUUGCUUUGAAAUUAAGAAUUUCUUAAGUAUGUGUUAGGAAGCAUUUUAUCUUUAUUUUUUGUAACCAUUUAUGACUUUUAAGCCACAUUACCUGUACUCUCAUAAAAUCUCUUUGUAGUUGUUAAACUUGUUUUCUAUGUUAAAUACAGUGUGUUUAAACUGAA